AUGCCACACUUUCCAUGCUCUGUCCUUGAGAAAGUUAUACAGGAUGCUUUUGAAAUACACAGAUUAGCUGAGGAGGAGGAGGAGGAAGAGGAGGAAACAGGAAAGGAGGAGCAGGAAGUGGAAGAGGAGGAAGAAGAGGAAGAGGCGGAAGAAGAGGAGGAGGAAGGGGAAGAGGAGGAAGUAGAGGAGGCUGAGGAGGAGGAGACUGAGGAGGAGGAGGCUGAGGAGGAGGAGGAAGAAUGGGAGACUACUGACAGUGAUGCGGUCUCUUCCACAUUAGUUGCCUCUUUAAAAGUCACUUUCCCCUCCUCCUGCCCCUCUCCACCUUCCACUCUCUCACCCCAUCCUCUCUUAUGGGGCAGUCUAGAUGAGGUGGAAGCGGCUAUUUUUGGGAUGCUGAGUAUUUUCCAGAGUUACCAGAGCUCUUACUCCCUCACUUCAUGUGGCGACUUAGAUGAAAACUAUGGCAGCCCAGAAGAAGAAAGUUCAAACACUUUGAAGUUGACAGACAAUGAUUCCUCAAGGCAAAACCUCAAAAAGCGAAAGGUGACUGAACUGGUGAAUCUCAUGCUCCUCAAAUAUAGAAUGAAAGAGCCUAUCAAAGAAGUGGAAAUGCUUGGCGUUGUCACAGAGGACUACAAGAAACAAUUCCCUGUCAUCCUUCGGGAAGCUUUGAAGUGCUUGGAGAUGAUUUUUGGCAUUGUUACAAAGGAAAAUGAUCCUGUGAACAGCUCUUUUGUCCUUACCAAUGCACUCAACCUCACAUAUGAUGACAACAACCACAGAUUGCCUAGAAAUGGCUUCCUGCUAGUUAUUCUGGGUGUGAUAUUCGUAGAAGGGAACUGUGCUUCUGAAGAAAGUGUGUGGGAAUUCCUGAAUGGGAUGGGAAUAUAUGAUGGGAAGGAACACUUCAUUUAUGGGGAGCCCAGGGAAUUCCUCACUAGACAUUUAGUGCAGCAAAAUUAUCUGAAGUAUAGGCAGUUGCCUGAGAGUUGUCCUCCACGUUACAUGUUCCUGUGGGGUCCAAGAGCCUAUUCUGAAACCACCAAGAUGGAAGUUCUAGAAUUUUUGGCUAAAUUUACAGGGAGGGAUCCCAUUUCUUUCUCAUUCUUAUAUCAUGAGGCAUUGAGAGAUGAGGAAAAGAGGGCCCGAGCCAGAAAGGACCCCAUGGAUUAG